GCAAACGGAUCGGGCAAAUCCAGUUACUCGGGCGGUGACACAUCGGUUAGCAUUUUAGCAUUUAGCAUUGCUCAAGCUUGCCAGUGUGCUCACUACAAGACACCAAAAUGUUGAAAGAGUUGGUGAAAGCGCGACUAAUGGUGGCAGCUGAUGAAAUAUUCGCGCUGUUUGAAAGCACGAUAACGUCGUACGAGGAGGAACUUUCUCGAACGAGAGAGGAGAAGGAGCGACAUCGACAACAACUGGAAGCUGCUCGCAAAACUCAAAUUGUGCUACACGUUGAAGCACAAUCCCAUUCAAGAGGAGACAAACAUUACAGGGAGACAGAACAGGAUCACUGACGGGUCUGACAACUUCCGGCGCCCCUUACAAAAAAGAUGGCCAGCAGCAGCGUCGUCAAGAAGAACAUCCCCCUAUGCCACGGGAGGGAAGUUCCAGGUUGAAUCAGGAGGAUCCACAGCCCCCCCACAUUAAAGAGGAAGAGGAGGAACUCUGGAUCAGUCAGUCAGAGGAAGAGUGUUUUCUCGGCCCGCAGGAGGCUGAUCUCACCAAGUUGCCUCUGACGGGUGUCUCUGUGAAGACUGAAGACCAUGAAGACAAACCCCAAGUUGACCACCUCUUAGCUCCUCUAUCAGAUAGUGAGGACAUAACCUCACACUUUGCUGAGGAUGAAGACGAGGACAACACCCAAGAACCUUUGAGCAGCGAUACAGACUGUGAGGAUGGUAUGAGGACUCAAACUGACAACAAACACCCCGAAUGCUCUGAAAAUAAGACGGACAAAAAACGCUUUACCUGCUCGGUUUGUGCCAAAAGCUUUUGCGUCAAAAAGGAUUUUGUCCGACACACGAGAACGCACACGGGGGAAAAACCUUUCAGCUGCUCGUUCUGCAGUCAACGGUUCACUCAGAAAGACAAUAUGAUCUCGCACAUGAGAACACACACCGGAGAAAAGCCUUUUAGUUGCUCACUUUGCUGCAACAACUUUUCUCAGAGGUCCACGUUGACGGCACACAUGAGAACACACACGGGGGAAAAGCCUUUCAGCUGCUCAGUUUGCACCAGCACUUUUUCUCAUAAGGGCUCCUUGACCGUGCACAUGAGAAAGCACACGGGGGAGAAACCUUUUAUUUGUUCAAUAUGCGGCGAUACCUUUUCUCGGAGAGCCAGUAUGGAAUUGCACAUGAGGAAACACACAGGAGAAAAACCUUUCAGUUGUUCGGUUUGCAAUAAAAGCUAUUACCAUAAGAAGAGCUUGAGAGCGCACAUGUCAACACACGAUGCAGAGUAAAUGUUUUCAUGUCCGGUUUGUGCUCGAGUGGUUGAGUCGUUAGAGUUUCCCAUGUAUUCAAAAUUAAACGUAAGACUGCCACAUGUAAUAAACAUAAAUAUAUACGGUAUAUAUAUUUUUGGGGUAUUUUUUAAAGGUUUUGUGAGACAGUAAAUAAAACUUCACUUUGCAGGCGA